AUGCCGCCCCGGCUCACCCUCCUUUCGCUCCCUUCCCGCCCCUCAACUGCAUACACACCCCUCGCGCCCUUCCUCUACCCUCCCUCCACCCGCGCUGCCAGCAUCCUCACCUCCCUCUCCGACAACCGUGGCGCCUACAACAAGAAAAUCCGCCGCGGUCGCGGUCCCAGCAGCGGCAAGGGCAAGACUUCCGGCCGCGGUCACAAAGGUCAGGGCCAGCACGGCAAGGUGCCGGCGGGAUUCAAUGGCGGGCAGACUCCCGAGUCCGUUGUGCACGGCGAGCGCGGCUUCGAUAACAGCGCGUUCAAAGCGGACUUCUCACCGGUGAACUUGAAUAAGAUACAAUACUGGGUUGAUCAAGGACGCCUGGAUCCAAAGACGCCGAUCACGCUGAAGGAGCUGGCGAAGAGUCGUUGCAUUCAUGGGGUCAAGAAGGAUGGGGUCAAGCUGCUUGCGAGAGGGAAGGAGGAGAUCACCACGCCGGUCCAUUUGAUCGUCUCGCGAGCAUCAGCCUCUGCCGUCGCGGCGGUGGAGAAGGCGGGUGGCACAGUCACGACGCGAUAUUACAGCCCCUUCUCCAUCCCUAAGAUCCGGCAGGGCUUGAUGCACCCAUAUCACAGCCUGCAAUCACGCAUUACGUUCCCCGAGACCGUAGAAGCAGACGCGCCACCAACGCCAGAGCAAUUUGUGUUCGAAAAGGGAGGCUACAAAUACAGACUGCCAGAUCCGACGAGCAGGAAGUCUUUGGAAUACUACAGAGAUGAGGCCAAGAGAGGCUAUCUCAGCUAUGUGGUGGGCAAGAAGGAGGGCCCGAGCUUGUUCUUCAGGGUGCCAGAGGAGGGCAAGCAGAAAGUUCGGCGCAGGAAGACUGGUAAGAGCAGCAGUGGGCAGGGAGCGGAGAAUAGAUUGUGGUGA